CAAUAACGUGUCAGUCUAUCGAGAAACUUUGAAGGAAAAAGAUCACAAAUAAUAUUGAGUCGUUGAAAAGAAAAGUUGAUUUUUUGUUAUUUAAUUUAAAUGUGCUGCAUUGUACCUGUACCUCAAUUUAACGAAAAUAAAAGUUGAAGGUUUUAGGUAUUGCUAGAAAAAUGGUGUACGAUAAUCGAGGAUUCGAAAGUGACGAGCUCGGCAAUGCAACAACGAACAACAUAAAACACGUACCAAUUUCCAAACUGGAUUUUACACGAAAUACCAACAAGCCUCCCGAUGCAGCCCCAUCAGUUCCAGCGAUAGCACCGAAGGAACGUGAUGGUUGGGGUAAUGAUAUUGAAUUUUUAUUCAGUUGCAUUGCUAUGUCAGUCGGAUUGGGCAAUGUUUGGCGAUUUCCAUUUGCUGCUUUGGACAACGGAGGUGGAGCGUUUCUCAUUCCAUAUUUUAUAGUUUUAUUUGUGGUUGGACGACCCAUUUACUAUUUAGAAAUGAUUGUUGGGCAAUUUUCCAGUAGAGGAAGUGCAAAAGUGUAUGACAUGGUUCCAGCUAUGAGAGGCACUGGUUAUGGACAAGUUAUCGCUGUGUUUUGGCUUUGCACUUAUUACGCUUCGACGAUGGCGGUUAUAACACGAUAUUUAAUUGACUCCUUUCAACCCACAUUACCUUGGGCAAACUGCAAAAAUGAGUGGCAAAGUUGCAUCAGUUCUAGUCAAACUAACAAUCACACUAACAACUUAAAUUAUUCAUUUACUUCUGUGGUUCAGGGCAGCCAUAUAAUGAGUAGUUCUGAACAUUAUUUUACAAACGAAGUGCUCAAAGAGAAAGACAACAUAGACGACGGUAUCGGAAUACCUGACUGGAGGCUCGGCCUAUGCUUGCUGGCAUCGUGGGGAUGUGUGCUGAUAAUAUUGGUCAAAGGUGUCCGCAGCUCCGGCAAAGCGUCGUAUUUCUUAGCCGUUUUUCCCUAUGUGGGAAUGGGAAUAUUGUUAGUUCGGGCGUGCACAUUAGAAGGGGCGGCAGAUGGUAUUCUGUAUUUCAUAAAACCGCAAUUCGGCAAGUUAUUGGAUCCGACUGUGUGGUAUGCAGCCGUAACACAAUGUUUCUUUUCAUUAUCCGUAUGUUUCGGCAAUAUUAUCAUGUAUUCGUCGUACAACAAAUUUUCGCACAAUAUAUACAGAGACUCGACUGUAGUGGCACUAUUAGAUACUUUCACGUCGUUAAUAGCUGGCUGUACAAUUUUUGCCAUAUUAGGUCAUUUAGCACAUUUAACUGGAUCUGACGAUAUAGGCAGCGUCGUCAAAGGUGGAACUGGUCUCGCUUUCAUAUCGUAUCCUGACGCUAUCGCCAAAUUCGAGUGGCUGCCUCAACUUUUCUCCGUGGUAUUUUUCUUUAUGCUGUUCGUAUUGGGUGUCGGAUCAAAUAUUGCAAUGACAUCAUGCGUUAUGACUGUUAUCCGGGAUCAAUUUCCAAGUGUAAAAGCUUGGCAUGCAGCAUCCGGUGUGACAAUGAUUGGACUCUUGAUUGGUUUUGUUUAUGUGACACCGGGAGGUCAAUUCGUUCUGAAUUUAGUGGACUUCUUUGGAGCAUCGUUUACAGCAUAUAUUUUGGCCAUCGCUGAAUUGAUCGCUUUCGGAUGGAUAUACGGAGUGAAUCGUAUAUGCCAAGAUACUGUGUUUAUGACGGGAAAAAAUCCGGGUCUCUAUUGGCGAAUUUGUUGGGGAUUUCUGACACCUCUUCUAAUGGUGGCCAUUUUACUGUACACAUUCUUUACUUACCAGCCGUUAAAAUACCACGACAUCUAUUAUCCAGACUCUGCCUACGCCGCUGGUUGGACUAUUUCGGCAUUCGGCAUCGUACAGUUGCCAUUGUGGUGUAUAUACGCAAUAAUUAAGCAAAAAGGUGACACAUGGCUCGAGAAAAUACAAGGAGCUUUUCGUCCGAAGUCUGAUUGGGGACCGAGUGAUCCAGUCACAUUCCAACGGUAUCAAAAGUAUCGCACAGACAACUGUUUGAAUAUCGAAAUUUUCGAGAAUGAUCGAUGGUACAACAGAGUAAAACGAAAUGUGUUCGGCUGAGAGAAAAAAGUAGUAAGAUGCUAAAUGUAAGUUAAAGAAAAUGAAGUAAAAGACUUUUCAUCGAUUUGUAACAAAUGUUUGGUUUAAGAGAAAAAAUAGAAUUGAUAAUACUGUGCUAUUGAUGACCUGGGCAUCUGCAGCGAUUUAAUGACUGUAUCAUUGUGGUAUGGUACAUCGAUUUUUUGUAAUCGUAGACGAUACCGGUCAAAAGUUCACUUAUUCC